ACAUCCAACUCUCGAUGGGUGUAAAUCUACGGAUUUGUUGAGCCAUCCAGCGAAUGCUACCGGGUUAUCAACAAUGCCAUCUCCAGCUCCAGUCCGAAGCUCAGAAAAGCGCAACGAGGGACUUGCCCAGAGUCACAAGGACGGGACGAGGCGGACGGGCAACCUCACUGUCGAACGGCCCUGUAUCUUUGGAUGGAAGAACGUGGCCUGGAUGAUCACACCCUUCCUGAUUGCUUAUCUGACUUACCGCUUCCAGCCAGUCCUACCCAGCACCCAUGCUGUCUGCGUCUCUGGAGGAACGAUCUAUACCGCCGAGCCGGACAGUCCCUUCGUCGAGUGCAUCGCCGUCAAGGGCCAUAGGAUCAGCUUUGCGGGCAAGAGGGAUGAGCUGGAGAAGUCCCAUGCUCAGCCGGGAUGGCUCGAUCGUAUGCAAGCGUGGCUAAAGUUCAACUACUCGACCAACGGUGGUCAACUUGCGAUUGACACACUGGAUGGGGAAGUCUCCCUACUCCCGGGAUUGAUUGAUGCCCAUGCACACCCGCUCGAGUACGGAGAAGGAUUGGUAGGGGUCGACCUGGUUGGUUGCAAAUCGGUUCAAUCCAUCAUUGAUCGCAUAAUCAGUCACCCAAGCUUGCAAUCUGCGAAUCCGAAUCUGAUUAUUCGUGGAAGCGGGUGGGACCAAACCCUGUUCGAGGGCAAGCAUUUUCCUACCGCGGCUGCUCUUUCCAACAACCCAAAACUUCAGGGGAAGAAGAUCGUCCUAAGACGAAUCGACUACCAUGCUUAUUGGGUUUCAGAGGCUGUUCUCGAUUCGGUCCUUGCUAAAAAUCCUCCCCUGGACAUGGAGGGCGGCGAAGUCGUAAAGAACCAGGAUGGGAAACCUACUGGCGUCUUUGUCGAUAAUGCCAUGGAUUUGAUCGAUGCAAUCAUCCCCGAAAGGACGGAUGAGGACCGCUUUAGAUACCUUGAGUCGACAGCCAAAGAAAUGCUGUCUGUCGGAUUGACGACCGUAAACGAUGCCGCCACAGACCUAGAAACUAUAAGGUUUUACAAAACACUCGAUGAUCAAGAUAAGUUACCUGUGAGGGUAACAGGUAUGGUCAAUUGCGGAUACACGUAUUGCGGAGACCAGGUCGAGAAAAUAACCGGUGACAAAUUUAACCUCCGCAGUGUUAAGCUAUUCGUGGAUGGCGCAUUAGGCUCUUGGGGAGCAGCACUUUGGGAGCCCUAUUCAGACUUGAGGUCAUCGCGGGGCGUUUUACGUGCUCCUGAGGAGGCCUUUCUUCCACUAAUUCAACGCUGGGUCGAGGCCGGUUUCCAAGUGAACUCGCAUGCGAUUGGCGAUCGCGCCAAUACGCUGGUCAUCGACGCGUACGAAAACGUCUUGAGUAACCUGAAUCGCUCUACUCAUUCGGCACGCCCAUUCAACUUUCCCCGGCUCAGGAUCGAACAUGCACAAGUUCUUCGCCUUGCGGAUAUAGAAAGGAUCGGCAAAAUGGACAUUAUAGCUAGUGUUCAGCCCACGCAUGCAAUUGCCGACAUGGACUACGCUGAGGCUCGGCUUGGAAGUGAAAGAAUACGUGGAGCCUAUGCAUGGAACAGCUUGUUGAAGAAUAAUGUGACAUUAGCUUUAGGAUCAGACUUUCCGGUUUCAUCGGUGUCACCUUUCUUGGGAAUCCAUGCGGCAUUCACUCGAAGAAAGCCAGGUCCCAGUGAUAACGAUGAUCAUCAAGGAUGGUAUCCAUCAGAAAGGAUCGAAAGCCUCCAACAAAUCAUCGAUGGGUUCACGAUCCAUGCUAGUUUUGCCGGCUUCACUGAGCAUCUCACCGGAAGUUUACGCGUUGGAAAACUGGCUGAUUUUGUGAUCAUCAAUCAAAAUCUAUUUGAUUCUUCAAAAUCCAGAGAUCAAAUCUCAGAGCGGAUCUUGAAUGCUCAAGUCCUAGCGACUGUCUUAAAUGGUCAAAUCGUCUUUGGGAAAAUCUGAACUGAUGUCCUUCCACAUGGCCAACCACUUUCUGGUUUGCUGGAAAUCUUGUCAUUGUGUGGCCUUUUGUUUUCUUGGGCUGAGUGUGUUUUAAUGAUAUGUUUGCAUUUAAAGUCUAUAUCCUGC